AUGCAAAGUUCCAGCUGGUCGUCCUCCUCGCCGCCGUCGCCGUGGCCGCCGCCAUGCCAGGCUUCCUCGGAGGCGCUGGAUACGGAGGAAGUGGAUACGGAGGUGGAUUGGGUGGAUACGGAGGAAGUGGACACGGAGGUGGAUUGGGUGGAUACGGAGGAAGUGGAUACGGAGGUGGAUUGGGUGGAUACGGAGGAAGUGGAUACGGAGGGGGAAGCUUCGGUGGAUUCAGCGGUGGAUACGGAGGCGGAUUCGGUGGACACGGGGCAGGUUUCGGUGGAUUCAGCGGUGGAUUCGGGGGACACAGGGGAGAAUAUGAGCGACGUUGAAAACACUAAAAAACAUAAGAAAUCGUUCCAGCUGGUCGUCCUCCUCGCCGCCGUCGCCGUGGCCGCCGCCAUGCCAGGCUUCCUCGGAGGCGCUGGAUACGGAGGAAGUGGAUACGGAGGUGGAUUGGGUGGAUACGGAGGAAGUGGACACGGAGGUGGAUUGGGUGGAUACGGAGGUGGAUUUGGUGGAUACGGAGGAAGUGGAUACGGAGGGGGAAGCUUCGGAGGAUUCAGCGGUGGAUUAGGUGGAUAUGGGGGAGGUUUCGGUGGAUUCAACGGUGGAUUCGGGGGACACCGCGGAGGUUAUAUUACAUUUACUGUCCUCAGGUUACGGGCGCUGAAGACUUCAUCAGAUUUAAAUACUGAGAAGUACCGGAAUAUAUGCUCAUAA